GUCAAUUCGUUCUAGCACCAGCAUUGAUGCGACUGUGAAACUGCACGAGGAGGAAGAGGAGGAUGUGGUCGUCGCAGAACGGCUGUCCCGGUAUUAUCUUUCUGCUUAUGACUACCAUGUUGUGGCGGUGGAGUACCGGUGGUGAGAUGUCCAUCACUGUCACUUUACCCCCGCAGCAAGAUGUUUUUAAUCCUAGUGCGGCGUCAAGCACUGUGCAACCGGUUGUGGACCAGAUAUUAGCAACUAGGACCCAACGUCAGCACCUUCUAUUACUCUUUCGGCGCUACGGAGAGAAUAACCAGAGUUUGACCCUCUCCGGUUUCCGACAGCUGCUGAAGAACUUAGGUGUGGAAAGAUUCAGGAGCAUGGCGGAGAGGCCCUUACAUCGGCACAGGAACCGAGAGCAGCACAGGCACGAUCACCCCCAUGAUCAUCACCACCACCAUCAUCAUCAUCAUCACCCGCAUCCCCCGGGACAAACUACUCACUGCCCGAAGAGGAGGGACAGACGACACGUGACGUCCUCAGAUGAGGAAGCCAAUCACAGAGCGGAGGAGAAUCAGACAGGCGGCAGUAUUGGUGGAACUCAGCUAGAGUGCUUAAAUGCUUCGAAACUGCUUAUAUCUCAUGGGAUGGAUAUGAGCAUGCUCUUGGGAGCAGCAGAAUUUGGUUACAUCUGCCCAGCAAUAAUUAACCAAAUAGACAGAAGCUCCUGCCUGAUACAUGCUCCUGAGGAAGCUAUGGCUGAAAGCAACCACCAUGUGUACUCAGUAAAAGUUGCUUGGCUUGGUGGUUUUAUUUCCAUCACUAUUAUCAGUGUUUUAUCUUUGCUUGGAAUUGUCUUGGUGCCCCUGAUGAAUCGUGUCUUCUUCAAGUUUUUGCUAAGUUUUCUUGUUGCUCUGGCAGUGGGCACAUUAAGUGGGGAUGCUUUUUUGCAUCUUCUUCCACACUCUCAUGCAAAACAUUAUCACAGUCAUGGCAGUUCACACAUGCAUGAAAGGAGCCAUUUAAAUGAGACGGAAGAUAACGCUUCUCUCUUGGAUUCAACAUGGAAGGGUCUUACUGCACUUGGAGGUCUUUACUUUAUGUUUCUUGUGGAACAUUUAAUUACGCUGAUUAAGCAGUAUAAGGACAAGAAACAAAAGAAUCAGAAAAAAAAUGAAAAUGAAGAGGAUUUGGAACUUAAAAAGAACCUGUCAAAUCAUUCAAAUCCUGAAGAGAAUGGUAGAUCAGACACUGGUUCUCAUCAUGAAACCUACCUGGAAGGUGAAACACAAGAUGCAACUCAAUUCCAAUCUCAGCAGCCAACAGCACCAGAAGAAGAGGAGGAGGAAAUCAUGAUUGCUCACUCACACGAUGAAGCAAGUUAUCAGGAAUAUGUAUCUAGGGGCUGUGAAAACAAAUGCCACUCUCAUUUUCAUGACACACUUGGCAAGUCUGAUGACAUGAUUCAUCAUCACCAUGACUACCAUCAUAUACUGCACCACCAUCAUCACCAAAACCACCACCCACACAGCCAUACACAGCGGUAUUCCACUGAAGAGUUGAAAGAUGCUGGCAUAGCAACAUUGGCGUGGAUGGUGAUUAUGGGAGAUGGGCUACACAAUUUCAGCGAUGGACUAGCAAUAGGAGCUGCAUUUGCUGAAGGUUUGUCCAGUGGAUUAAGUACUUCUGUGGCUGUUUUCUGCCAUGAAUUACCACAUGAGUUAGGGGAUUUUGCAGUGCUUCUUAAAGCUGGUAUGACAGUUAAGCAGGCUGUGAUGUACAAUGCCCUGUCAGCCAUGCUUGCAUACCUGGGUAUGAUAACUGGAAUUCUUAUUGGUCAUUAUGCAGAAAAUGUUUCUAUGUGGAUCUUUGCACUCACUGCUGGGUUAUUUAUGUACGUGGCAUUUGUAGACAUGGUGCCAGAAAUGUUACAUAAUGAUGCAAGCGACCACGGAUGCAGCCGCUGGGGAUAUUUUCUACUACAAAAUGCUGGAAUUCUAUUAGGAUUUUUUAUUAUGUUAGUUAUUUCUUUAUUUGAACACACAAUUGUGUUCAGUAUUAACCUAUAACUUUAGGUUUCCAAGUUUAUCUUGAUAUGUAGUAAACCCAGGCUUGACAAAUCCCUGGGGCCAGAGAUUCUUGACCCUAACUUUUUUUUAUCAUACUACAUGUAUCAAUCUAUAAAAUUUGUCACUGGCUUUUAAAAAAAAAAAAAAAAAUCUGUGGCUGGUUGAUAAAUUUCAUAUAAAUUUGUCAAGCUCUCAAACUGCAUAUUUUAAGUACAGUGUGAUUUACUUUUUUUUUAAAAACUUUAUGGACUUACAACUUCUCUUUUGUAGUUAUUAUUUUUUUAUCUAAUAUAUAAACAGCUGCACUUAGAUACUUCAGAUAGGCUUCAUUUAAACGGCAAAAGGUUACAUUAUGUGAUAUCUGUACUAAACUUCUAGAGGAAUAUUUGUUAUUUAACUUUUUUAUUUAUUAGUAUUAUGCAGGAACAUUUUCUUGACAUUCAGAAAAAAAAAGCUUAGUAGAUAUUGUAAACUAAACGGUAUGAACUUGUUGAUGCCAAUGUAAGUUUGUCUUUUUAUUUAUAUAUAUAUAUAUAUAUAUAUAUAUAUAUACUUGUUUCCAUUGAAAAUCCUCAAGCUGUUAACUUGUACAUUUACAGAUCUUUAACUUGAUAAUACGUCUCUUGUUUGUCUGCUAAAAAAAAAAAGCUUUGAAAAAAAAGGGGCACUUAACAUUGUUCAUUUGAAAAACAUUUUUUGUCAGUGGUUAAGCUUUUUGUGUGUGAUUUUUUACAAAUUUCUAGUUAGACUGAAGUUGUUAUAGGUAGAUGAUACCAGGAGUAAAUGGAUUAAAAGGACAUGAAACACUUAUAAAAGAUUGAGUUAUGUGUAGUAAAAAAACACUGCACUAUACUGUCUUUGUUUAUUAAUUUUUGCCUCAUUUUGCUGUAAUUUUGCUUUUGAAACUUGUGGGUCUUACAUUUCAAAAUCCUUGCGCUACUAUAUAGCUACGCCUAAUUGGCCUUGACAGAGAUCUGAUCAAUGGAAGUUUUGCAAACAAAAUGACAGUAGCCAAUCUUUAGUCAGGCAGUGUUCUUCCCAGGACCUUUUUAAUGGGUUCACUACCUGGCUGAUUUCACUGGCCACCUGGCUUAAAUGUUAGCCAACAUUUAAGCUAAUAUUAAAACGCUUUCAAUGUUUAUUGCUCAAAUUAUAAUUACAUUUAUUUAAAAUUAUGCAAUAAAUUUGUGCUUUUGGAUAGCAGAAAAUGUUAUAAUAUUAGAAAGUAUUACACUGCCCCCACACAGCUACUUUAUAAUACCCCCAGCUGGCAAGAUUUUAUGUAGAGAACACUGCUCCUGUCCAGACAUUAAAGGGAUAGUAAAGUUAAAAUUAAACUUGCAUGAUUCAGACAGAGCAUGUCAUUUUAAGACCCUUUUAAAUUUACUUCUGUUUUCAAAUGUGCUUUGUUCUCGUGGUAUCUCUUGUUGAAAAAGAAUAUGCACAUAUCCUACACCAGUGGGAGCUAUUUGGUGAUUGGUGCCUGGACACGUGUUUCUUAUGAUUUGGCUAACUAGAUGUGUUCAGCUAGCUGCCAGUGGUGCAACAUUUUUCCUUCAGCAAAGGAUAACAAGAGAAUGAAGCACAUUAGAUAAUAGAAGUUAAUUGAAAAGUUAUUUAAAAUCGCAUGUUCUAUCCCAAUUAUGAAAGAAAAUUGUGUGGGUUCCUGUCCCUUUAAAACAAUUACAACAAUGCGUUAAUGUAUUUUGAACAUUUUCACUAUGUGUUAGUAUUUUAAUCUAUUGCAAUACUGCUUAAAGGAGCAUUAAACGCAGUAGAAUAGCAGACACAGUAAAUACAUAUUAAAAAAGACAAUGCAGAAGCACUUACUUUAAAGUGAAGGUCCAUUUUGAUGAAUUAGUGCCCGGUUUUUAAUAAACCUAUUAAAAACAAGGGCACUUUAAUUCAUCAAAAUUGACAUUUCACUGUUUUCUUCAAAAACUUAAUUCAUCAAAAUGGACCUUCACUUUAAAUUUCUGACAAAUGUCAGUUAGUUACGUUUUUCUUCCUAAUGCAAUCAUGUGACAGCCUUCAGCCACUCACAAAAUGCAUACAUGUAUAUGCUGUGAAUCUGGCACAUGCUCAGUAGGAGCUGGCGUCUGAGAAAGUGUGUAUAUAAAAAGAAUGCAUACAUUUAGAUAAAAAAAGUUGUUUUAAAUUGUGUGCUCUAUCUGAAUCAUAUACAUUUAAUUUCGACUUGACUGUUUUAAAUUUUGUAAUUCCAAGUUGUUUUAUGUCCUUUUAAGGGAAAAGAUUAGAGUGAUGUGAUAACAUUCUUAACAGGGACACUGUAGUCCCUUUGUUUAUUUUAAAAAUGGAAUUUCAGAAUGUGUUUUUUUUUUUUUUUAUGAGUGUUCAUGAAAAUGUAAUGCUUUCUCAUCAGGUUUACAGAGGUGCAUCCUAAAUCAGUGGAACUGUAGCAGUUUUCCUUAUCAACCAAUGAGUAUUGUUAGGAAGCAUACAGGUGCUUCUGCGGUUGAUAGAUUAUUUCACUUUUUUAGAUGCUGUAUGGUAAAAACAUUUGAGUGCUAUGUUCCUUUAAAGAUGUCACCACUUUCUAGCUGUUGACAGUUUCCAUUUGGCCAGUCCACAGAUUAACUAGUGUUUGUUUUUCAAAUCAUUGUGGUUUUUUUUACCCAUUUUAAGGACAGCAGGCAAAUUUGCGGUGUUAUUAUUUUGCAAAAUAAACUCCGUUCAAGUUGUGACUUGUGUAAUCUUUGUCAGGAUUAUUUUUCUAUGUGGACAGAUCACAUAGGUACAUUACUUAAAACUAUUGUUUUUAAGUCAUCUUAUGGUUAUUAUAAUUUUAUACCAGAUAAGGCAACAUAUUCAUUUUUGUUACUGGUUGAUCUUUUGAAAAAUAUUCCAACAUAUAUGUAGUACAUCUAUCAAAUAUUUUUGAUUUCAAUUUAUAUGCUAGUGCAAAAAUAAAAUGUAAAGCAAUAGAGCGUUUCUUUCUAAUUGCAGUCCACAAAUUAAUUCAUUGCCUAUGGGAAAUACUUCACCUGGCCACCUGGAGGAGGCAAAGACACCCCAACAAAACAUUAAAGGGACAUGAAACCCAAAUUUUUUAUUUCAUUAUUCAAAUAGAGAAUAUAAUUUUAAACAACUAUCUAAUUUACUCCUAAUAUCAAAUCUGUUUCAUUCUCUUGGUAUCAUUUGUUGAAGGUGCAGCAAUGCACUAAUGGUUUCUAACCGGACUCAUGGGUAAGCCAAUCACAUUCAAUAUAUAUAUAUAUGCAGCCACCAAUCAACAGCUAGGACCCAGGUUCCCUGCUGCUCAUGAACUUGCCUAGAUAAACCUUUCAGCAAAUGAUAACAAGAGAAGGAAGCAAAUUAAAUAAUAGAAGUAAAUUGGAAAGUUGUUUAAAAUUGUAUUUUCUAUCUGAAUCAUGAAAGAAAAAGUUUGGGUUUCAUGUCCCUUUAAAUAUCAUGUAAGCAUAAAUGAUGUUUUUAUUCUGUCACUAAUAAUUUCUCCUAACUUUAGUUAUGUAUUAGACCUUUUUGCUCAAUGUAUUGCGGCUACUGACAUUGGCAGUGAGCAAAUUAGAAGCGACAUACAUAUGUAGCUGCCAAUCACUGGCUUUUAAUCACUAAGAACAUUUUAUUCAAGUGAUAAUGAGCGCUCCUAACACACAGCAUCUUAUUUUUGCACUAGUAUGUCCCUUUAACUUGGAAAACAAAUGUUAUAGUGAGUCCUAGACUAUAUUGCAGGUGUAAGCUUUACUUGCUGCUAGUAUCCACACCUACACUCUAUAGACUAUGUUGUAGACCAUUUGAUGCUGAAGCCCAUUUAUACAGUUUGCAAUGGCAAUAUAAUUUAGACCUGUUUGAAUUCUACUUUAAAUUAAAUAAUUGAACUGUUUUUCAUACAACACAAAUUUACCAUAAUUUUUCAUUGUUAAAGGGACGGUAAACACCUUAGAAUGAGAUGUUUCUGCCAUCUUACUAUAGAAUAACAGCAGUCUCUUUUUAAGCAAAUUAACAUCUUGUUUGCUGCAAUCGUUUUUUAUUAGCACAACUCUACCUAAUAUUUGCCUUAUUUGGAGGAGCCAAUCAGGGCUUGAGUCCGCAUCUGAUAAAGCUAUCCACUAUCAUAAUGUUAGCAUAAAAUACAUUGUUUUGCAGUUCUUAUGCAAAGACAAUUAGAGGAAGAUAUGUAGCAUGGUUAGCCUUGGGAAGUCUGCAGUGCGCUUUAUCAAUUCUGAGAAUUAAAAAAGCCACAAUUUCAGAGCUAAUUUAAUGGGAGGAAAAUGCUCAAACUAAAUAAUAAAAGUAUUUUGCAAUUUUUUUUCACUAUGUGUAACUGAAGCAUCUAUAUUUCAAAUCUCAAGGGUGUUUACUGUCCUUUUUAAAGUGUGACAUUUCUAAAACUGUUUAUAUAAGUUCUAUUCCUAAAUACUGAUACUGGAUUUUUCCUUAAAGGGACCAUUGAGACUAAAAUACAGUGUGCCUAAAAUGGUUUACAUGGGGUGUUACACGUUUAUUCCUGCUGAGCAGCAGCACAGUGUAUUAGAAGCAAUGGCAUUUAAAGAUAUCAGAUCUCCCUUGAAGGAUGGUGUUUGAUGAAAGAAAAAAUUGAUUUACUAUGAAGUGCUUCUUAUUUGUUUCCAGACAUUUAGGUAUAAAAAAAAAUCCAUCCCUUUUACAACAUCAAGCUUAAGCUGGUCUGAAGCCUGAGAAUUCCAGAGUGCAUUAGUACUGAGAUGUUAACAUUUAUUUUAAAAGGAAAACAUACUGUAACAUUUUCUUUCCUUUAAUGUGUUCCCAAUGAUCCAUUUUACUUGCUGGAAUGUAUUCAAAUGACAAAAUAAAUGUAAAUGAACUCUUUGUAAACAGUAAAAGUCAUUCCAUUUCCCUGAUGAAAUUGCCACCUAUACUAAAAAUUCCAAUAUUGCAGUAAUGGGUACAGAGAAGCUACUAUAAGGGACAGUCUACAAUAUAAUUUAUGUUUUAAAAGAUAGAUAAUCCCUUUAUUACCCAUUCCCAAGUUUUGCACAACCAACACUGUUAUAUUAAUAUACUUUUUACCUCUGUGAUUACCUUGUAUCUAGGAACCUUCUGACAGCCCCCUGAUCACAUGACUGUGACUGUUUAUUAUCUAUUGUCUUGCAUUUAGUAUUGUGUUGUGCUAACGCUUAAAUAAGUCCUGGGCGUUAAAGGGACAUGAAACCCAUAUUUUAUCUCUAAUGAUUUAGAAAGUGCAUGCAAUUUUUAAACACUUUUCUAAUUUACUUCUAUUAUCUCAUUUACUUUCUUCUCGUGAUAUCCUUUGCUGAAAAGCAUAUCUAGAUAGACUCAGUAGCUUGUGAUUGGUGGCUGCACAUAGAUGCCUCAUGUGAUUGGCUCACCCAUGUACAUUGCUAUUUCUUCAAUAUAGUAUAUCUAAAGAAUGAAGCAAAUUAGAUAAUAGAAGUAAAUUGCAAUGUUGUUUAAAAUUAUAUUCUCUAACGGAAUCAUGAUAGAAAAUGUUUGGGUUUAGUGUCCCUUUAACACAGUGUUAUCUAUAUGGCCAACAUGAACUAUUAGUCUCUUGUUGUGAAAAGCAAUUUAAAAAGCAUGUGAUAAGAGGCAGACCUCAAUGGCUUAUAAAUUAUCAUAUUAACCUACCUAGGUUUAGUUUCAACUAAGAAUACCAAGAAAACAAAGCAAAUUUGAUGAUAAAAGUAAAUUUGAAAGUUGAUUAAAAUUACAAGUCCUAUCUGAACAAUGAAAGUUUAAUUUUGACUAGACUGUCCCUUUAAAUGAGAAUAAGCUGAAUAAAUCGCACUCCCAGUGGUGGUGCAAAAUAGAGGAACAAAAUGUUAAUUUUCAAUUGUUAUCUCAAAUAGAGAUAAGAUGUCUUAUUGUGUGUAUAUAUAGUGAUAAGAUAACAAGUUCAACCCAUUUUAACAGCUAUUUCAUAUACAAAAACCUAAAAGAGCAAUUUCUUAUACAGUUUAUACUUUGCAGCUGCUAUAACAAGUCAUUUGAAACACAUUAAAGGGACAGUCAGCACAAAAAUUGUUAUUGUUUGAAAAGAUAGAGAACGCCUUUACUACCCAUUCCCAAGCUUUGCACAACCAACAUGGUUAUAUUAACAUAUUUUUUAUAACCUUUAAACCUCUAAAUUUCUGUCUGUUUCUAAUAUCUCUAAAGACAGCCCCAUGAUCACAUGCUUUUGUAUUUGCUUUUCACAUCAGGGGAAGCUAGUUCAUGUGAGCCAUAUAGAUAACAUUGUGCUGACGCCCGUGGAUUCUAACCACACAGCACUAAUUGGCUUAAAUGCAAGUCAAUAGAUAAUACAUUUAAAGUCAUGUGAUGAGGGGGCUGUCAGAAAAUGCUUAGAAGCAAGAUAAUCACAGAGGUAAAAAGUGUAUUAAUAUAACCAUGUUUUCUGUUCAAAACUGGGGAAUGGGUAAUAAAGGGAUUAUCUAUCUUUUUAAACAAUAAAAAAAUUUGAGUUGACUGUCCCUUUAAGUCUCAAACUUAAAUCUGUAGAACAUCUACUUGCUUUAGGAAAAUAAUACAUUUUUUCUUCUCUAGUUCGAGGGUGUUAAAACACAUCUGAAGAUGAACUGAGCACCACAUGUAAUAUAAGCUAUAUCUGGCUAUACAGUUCCUAAAAUUAAGCACUCUUUAUAUCUGAUUUUCUGAUUGAUAUAUUUGUCCAAUGAAAAUGUAGUUAGUACCUUUUACGGAAGAGUUGUUCACAUAAACAAACACGUUUUAUUAUAUGGAGCUCACAUUUAUUGAACUCCCUAAAAUUGUUUCCUUCUGUUAAAAAAUGGUUCAGGUUUGAAAAGCCAAGUUAUGUAGAUUGUUUAUAAUGCUAUUACCAGCCACAAACACAGAUCCUAAUUGGUUACGUAGCUUAAGUUUCUUUGAAAAUUCCAUAUUCUAAUAGUGUUUACAUUGUCUUGUCUUUUUUUUAGUUGUUGUUAUACAAUGAUGUAUAUAUUUGCUUAUUUUAUUGUGUUUUUUGUACGCAACUCAUUCAUUGAAUUCAUUAAAAAAAUGUUACAGAAUAAACAAUGCAA